AUGGAGAGACGAGCCCCUGUCACCCAGCCAGAAGACAGAGAGACGAGCCCCUGUCACCCAGCCAGAGGACAGAGAGACGAGCCCCUGUCACCCAGCCAGAGGACAGAGAGACGAGCCCCUGUCACCCAGCCAGAAGACAGAGAGACGAGCCCCUGUCACCCAGCCAGAGGACAGAGAGACGAGCCCCUGUCACCCAGCCAGAGGACAGAGAGACGAGCCCCUGUCACCCAGCCAGAGGACAGAGAGACGAGCCCCUGUCACCCAGCCAGAGGACAGAGAGACGAGCCCCUGUCACCCAGCCAGAGGACAGAGAGACGAGCCCCUGUCACCCAGCCAGAGGACAGAGAGACGAGCCCCUGUCACCCAGCCAGAGGACAGAGAGACGAGCCCCUGUCACCCAGCCAGAGGACAGAGAGACGAGCCCCUGUCACCCAGCCAGAGGACAGAGAGACGAGCCCCUGUCACCCAGCCAGAGGACAGAGAGACGAGCCCUGUCACUCAGCCAGAGGACAGAGAGACGAGCCCCUGUCACCCAGCCAGAGGACAGAGAGACGAGCCCCUGUCACCCAGCCAGAGGACAGAGAGACGAGCCCCUGUCACCCAGCCAGAGGACAGAGAGACGAGCCCCUGUCACCCAGCCAGAGGACAGAGAGACGAGCCCCUGUCACCCAGCCAGAAGACAGAGAGACGAGCCCCUGUCACCCAGCCAGAGGACAGAGAGACGAGCCCCUGUCACCCAGCCAGAAGACAGAGAGACGAGCCCCUGUCACCCAGCCAGAGGACAGAGAGACGAGCCCCUGUCACCCAGCCAGAGGACAGAGAGACGAGCCCCUGUCACUCAGCCAGAAGACAGAGAGACGAGCCCCUGUCACCCAGCCAGAGGACAGAGAGACGAACCCCUGUCACCCAGCCAGAGGACAGAGAGACAAGCCCCUGUCACCCAGCCAGCGGACAGAGAUACGAGCCCCUGUCACCCAGCCAGAGGACAGAGAGACGAGCCCCUGUCACUCAGCCAGAGGACAGAGAGACGAGCCCCUGUCACUCAGCCAGAGGACAGAGAGACGAGCCCCUGUCACCCAGCCAGAAGACAGAGAGACGAGCCCCUGUCACCCAGCCAGAGGACAGAGAGACGAGCCCCUGUCACCCAGCCAGAGGACAGAGAGACAAGCCCCCGUCACCCAGCCAGAGGACAGAGAGACGAGCCCCCGUCACCCAGCCAGAGGACAGAGAGACGAGCCCCCGUCACCCAGCCAGAGGACAGAGAGACGAGCCCCGUCACCCAGCCAGAGGACAGAGAGACGAGCCCCCGUCACCCAGCCAGAGGACAGAGAGACGAGCCCCGUCACCCAGCCAGAGGACAGAGAGACGAGCCCCCGUCACCCAGCCAGAGGACAGAGAGACGAGCCCCCGUCACCCAGCCAGAGGACAGAGAGACGAGCCCCCGUCACCCAGCCAGAGGACAGAGAGACGAGCCCCUGUCACCCAGCCAGAGGACAGAGAGACGAGCCCCUGUCACUCAGCCAGAGGACAGAGAGACGAGCCCCUGUCACCCAGCCAGAGGACAGAGACGAGCCCCUGUCACCCAGCCAGAGGACAGAGAGACGAGCCCCUGUCACCCAGCCAGAGGACAGAGAGACGAGCCCCUGUCACCCAGCCAGAAGACAGAGAGACGAGCCCCUGUCACCCAGCCAGAGGACAGAGAGACGAGCCCCUGUCACUCAGCCAGAAGACAGAGAGACGAGCCCCUGUCACCCAGCCAGAGGACAGAGAGACGAACCCCUGUCACCCAGCCAGAGGACAGAGAGACGAGCCCUGUCACCCAGCCAGCGGACAGAGAUACGAGCCCCUGUCACCCAGCCAGAGGACAGAGAGACGAGCCCCUGUCACUCAGCCAGAAGACAGAGAGACAAGCCCCUGUCACCCAGCCAGAAGACAGAAAGACGAACCCCUGUCACCCAGCCAGAGGACAGAGACGAGCCCCUGUCACCCAGCCAGAGGACAGAGACACGAGCCCCUGUCACCCAGCCAGAGGACAGAGAUACGAGCCCCUGUCACCCAGCCAGAGGACAGAGAGACGAGCCCCUGUCACUCAGCCAGAGGACAGAGAGACGAGCCCCUGUCACCCAGCCAGAAGACAGAGAGACGAGCCCCUGUCACCCAGCCAGAGGACAGAGAGACGAGCCCCUGUCACCCAGCCAGAGGACAUAG